AUGGUGCAGCAGCAACAGCACAUGAGCACUCACGCUCUCUCCCCAGCCGGAGACUCGACUGACUCCGGAGAGAUGGACUUGGAGAUGGAUGCGUCUCCCACCCCGGCGGGGCGUAGCGACCUAGCCUGGUGCAAAACCCCGACGGGUCAUAUCAAGAGACCCAUGAACGCCUUCAUGGUGUGGUCGCAGAUCGAAAGAAGAAAGAUCAUGGAGCAGUCUCCGGACAUGCACAACGCGGAGAUCUCCAAGCGGCUGGGCAAGCGAUGGAAGCUGCUCAAAGACGCCGACAAGAUCCCCUUCAUCCGGGAGGCGGAGCGGCUCCGACUCAAACACAUGGCCGACUACCCAGACUACAAGUACCGGCCCAGGAAGAAGGUCAAGUCCGGCAGCGGGGCAAGUAAGCAGCAGGCGGAUCGUGGGGAGAAGAGCUCGGAGCGCAGCAACAAAGCCAAAAGAAGCCCCGCGGCCAAAGCGGCGAGCCGGACGCACAAGCAGGCCGGCAAAUCCACCAGCCUCCCGGGUCUGGACGGCGCGUCGCCCAGUGGCGACCACCAGACCCUCUUCAAAUCCAGGUCAGUGUCUGGUGCCAGACAGAUCCCCGAGAAGCGCACCGGGGAGGCCAGACGCAGCUUCCCCUUCGCCGGGGCAGGGAGCUUAGAGAGCGGACCUCCCUCCGUGGGAGUCCCGGCCAGUCCUACUCUGAGCAGCUCGGCCGAAUCCAGCGACCCGCUGAGCCUGUACGAGGAGCAGAGCCCCGGGGGCAGCGAGUCGUCCCCCACCGCGCGCCUCAGGUACUCCCGCGCGUCCUCCCCAACGCCGUCAGCCUCCCAGUCUUCAUCAGUCUCCUCCUCAUCGUCGGAUGAGGAGUUCGAAGACGAGCGGCUCGACUUGAACCCCAGCCCCGGCUAUGAGAGCAUGUCUCUGGGCGGCAUGGGCUUCUCUGACGCGGAGCUGGACCGGGAUUUGGACUGGAGCUUCGGGGAGUGCGGCGCCGGCUCCCACUUUGACUUCCCUGACUACUGCACGCGAGAGGUGAGCGAGAUGAUCUCAGGAGACUGGCUGGAGUCCACCAUCUCCAACCUGGUGUUCACCUACUGA